ACAUUAGAUCGCUCAGAACUGUCAAGAAAGUGACGGCGUGUAGACUAUGUGGAGGAAAACGUGAAAAUAAUGCGGGAAUUCUUUUCGUAUAAAUGUUAAAAUCGCUGUGCGUGUCUUCUAUGUGUCGGAGGCGACAUGUGAGAGGAGCAAACGUUACCGUUUUCGGUCAUUUUUUUAGUCAAACAACGGUAAAAAGACUGUUAGUUGGUUGAGUUUGUAGACGAUGUUUCCACGUUACAAUGGCCUUUCUCCCGGGAUGGGUUACAUUCCGGAAAUGGAACAAGCGAUCGGUCAACUUGAAAGGGGUACUUUGGUUACUAAAUUCUCAUGGAGGAAAAAAGCGGAGAAGAAAACUUUAUCGAUACGAAGAGAAACGAGGGAAAUCGUUUGGUGUCGGACUGUGACCGGUUCGAAACCUUCAUAUGAAGGUUCCGUACACCUUAGGGAAAUUAAAGAAGUUCGUUUGGGGAAAAAUUCAAAAGAUUUCGAGAAAUGGCCGGAUGAUGCAAAAAAAUUAGAUGAUAUACAAUGUUUUGUGAUUUUUUAUGGGCAAGAAUUUAAAUUGAGGGUGCUUAGUUUUGCUGCUUUUUCUGAACGCGAAUGUGAAAUAUGGAGGGAAGGUUUGAGAUAUCUCGUAAAAGACACGAUAACGUCUCCGUAUCCAAUUCGAGUACAAGGUUGGUUACGAAGGGAAUUCUACGAAAUGGAAAACUCGAGAGAAUCGAUAUCGCUUAAAGAAAUCAAAGCAUUUCUUCCUAGACUGAACGUAAAAAUAGCAAUUAAUAAACUUAGAGAGGCUUUUAAUGAAGUGGAUACGCGGAAACGAAACGAAAUCGGUUUCGACGAUUUCACUGUAUUUUAUCAAAAAUUAAUUUUUAAUUUAAAUGAAAUAAAUGAUGUUUUUGAUAGGUUCGAUAAUUAUUCAGAAAAUAAACUUCAAGUCACUUUACAGGAGUUUCAACAUUUUUUAUUACAAGAACAAAAAGAUGAUUUAUCGAAUAAUGAUAGAAAUUGUUCAACUUUUAUUUGUGAUUUUUUAAAUGAUCCUUCUAGAAAUUGCCAAGAACCAUAUUUUUUAACAUCAGAAUUUGUAGAUUUUUUAUUUUCUAAACAAAACGAUUUGUGGGAUCCAUCGAAAGAUAUUGUUUACCAAGAUAUGACAAGACCUCUUGCCCAUUAUUGGAUCGCAUCAUCUCACAAUACUUAUUUAACGGGUGAUCAAUUUUCUAGUGAAUCUUCACUUGAAGCGUAUGUUAGGUGUCUUCGGAUGGGUUGUCGCUGCAUAGAGUUAGAUUGUUGGGAUGGACCGGAUGGUUUACCAUUAAUUUUUCACGGACACACUUUAACAACAAAAAUCAAAUUUUUGGACGUGAUUAGAACGAUUAAAGAACACGCUUUUGCAACUUCCGAGUACCCUGUUAUUUUAUCAAUUGAAGAUAAUUGUUCCUUACCUCAACAAAGAAAAAUGGCGACUUCAAUGCAAGAUGUUUUUGGAUCAAUGUUACUCACCCAACCUUAUGAUAGAAACGAACGGCAUUUACCAUCACCGUAUCAAUUAAGAAAAAAAAUUAUUUUGAAGCAUAAAAAAUUACCUGAAGGUCCAGAAGAUAAUUUUCUCGUUCCAAAUGAAGGAAGUGAUAUGGAUUUGAGGAAUUCAAUUCGAAAUGGGGUUAUGUAUAUAGAAGAUGCUGUUGAUAAAGAAUGGAACCCUCAUUUUUUCGUAUUAACACAAAAUAAAUUGUUUUUCACUGAUAGUUAUCGAGGUGAUCAGGAAUCUGAAAAAUCUGAGGACGAAGACGAUAAUUCGUUAUUAGGUCGUUCUCGUAAUGAAGUAAAAGUAGAAGAACUCCAUCAUUCCGAACCGUGGUUUCACGGUCGUUUAGGAAAAGGUCGGGCCGAAGCAGAACAGCUUUUAAAAGCUUAUUCACACCUUGGAGAUGGUACGUUUUUGGUUCGGGCGAGCGUAACAUUCGUCGGUGAAUACUGCUUAUCAUUUUGGCGAAGUGGCCAUGUAAAUCAUUGUCGCAUCAAAUCCAAACAAGAUAAACAACAAGUUCGUUACUAUUUAACUGAUAAUCGUUACUUCGAUAGCUUGUACAGUUUGAUAACGUAUUAUCGAUCGAAUCCGUUGGUUACCGCGGAAUUUUCGAUUGCUUUAAAAGAACCCGUUCCUCAGCCGAAUAAACACGAAACUACGGAGUGGUAUCAUAAACACACGACGCGGUUACAAGCUGAGGAAUUAUUGAAAAGGAUUCGGACUGAGGGAGCUUUUUUAGUACGACCUAGUGAGAAUAACGCUGAUAGUUUUUCGAUUAGUUUUAGAGCAAAUAAGAAGAUUAAACAUUGUCGAAUUGAACGGGAGGGGAGAUUGUAUAUAAUUGGGACUGUUGAGUUUGAAAAUUUGGUGGAUUUGGUAACUUUUUAUCAAACAAAUCCGCUUUAUAGGAAAACCAAAUUGACUCAUCCACUUACUGAAGAUAAUAUAAGAAGUCUUACAGCGGAAAAUGAAGAUGCAAAUGGUUACAAUAGUACUCCUUCAUACAUGGAUCCUAGUGCAAUAUCUCCAUCAAAGGUCACUGUUAAAGCUCUUUACGAUUAUAAAGCUCGUCGCCCGGAUGAAUUAUCCUUUUGUAAACAUGCCAUCAUUACAAACGUAACUCAAUCAAACGGAAGCGAAGGUUGGCUUAUGGGUGAUUACGGUGGAAAAAAACAACAUUAUUUCCCGGCGAAUUACGUCGUUAAAAUUGAAGCAAUGGAUCCUCAAGAUGCGGGAGAUGAUAAAUCGAGUGAAAACCCACUUCAAGGUCAUUUAGAUUUAAACGGUGCAAUAGUAGAAUUAACAAACGCCCAAAAUUUCGGUUUCGAAUGGAUUUUAAGGAUAAUAACAUCGACUUCUUGUACCCCAUUCAACGUCGCGUUAAAAUCGAGGGAGGAAGCUUUAGAAUGGGUUACCGAUAUAAAAAAGGCAACGCAAAGCGCUUGCGCCCUUCAAAAUCAACACAGAGAAAUGGAACGUUCUUAUGGAAUCGCACAAGAAAUCUCAAAUUUAAUAGUUUAUUGCCGCUCCGCUCCAUUCGUAUUAGAACGAGCGAAAAAAGACUUAAUCUUCAAUAAGAUGUCUUCCUUUCCAGAAAAUAAAGCUGAGAAAUUAAUUUGCCAACAAGAGAAUAAAUUCUUCCUUAGGUACCAUCAAGUACAAUUUUCGAGGGUUUAUCCAAAAGGACAACGAAUCGAUUCUUCGAAUUAUAAUCCGAUUCCUUUAUGGAACUCUGGUUCGCAAAUGGUUGCAUUAAAUUAUCAAACGGGCGACAAACCAAUGCAGCUUAACCAGGCUAAAUUUCGGGAUAAUGGGAAUUGCGGGUAUCUUUUAAGACCGGAAUUUAUGUUCCGCGAAGAUUUCGAUCCGCACGAUGCGAACACUUUGGUCGAUGUUGAACCAAUUACCGUAUCGAUUAGGAUUAUUGGAGGUAGACACUUUUGCAAAUCGAAAAAGGGAAUCGCCAGUCCAUUUGUUGAAGUUGAAAUUAUUGGGGCUGAAUUUGAUAGUGGAAUUAAAUUAAAAACUAAAACUAUUUCUGAUAAUGGAUUCAAUCCUAAAUGGAACGAAAUAUGUGAAUUCGACGUGUUAAAUCCUGAUUAUGCUCUUUUAAGAUUUGUGGUACAAGAUGAAGAUAUGUUUGGAGAACCAAAUUUUAUAGGACAAGCAACUUAUCCAAUUAAAUGUAUAAGAACCGGAUAUAGAAGUGUAUGGCUUAAAAAUGCUUACAGUGAAGACUUAGAAUUGGCUUCUCUCUUCAUUCAUAUUAGUAUUACUAACAGAAAUAGAUCCAUUACAAGACACUGACAAUAACUAUUCAAAACUAAACAAAAAAUUAUAAAAAUCUAACUAUUUUGAUGGAAUUUAGAUUUCUAAUAAACAUAUCUCUGCGUUUAAUGACAUAUCUUGAGCUUGGAUAUCAAACUGUGAACUUAAUCAAUCAUAAGAUAUUUUGUAGGAGAAUUUUAAUUACAAUUGGAAAAUGUAUAUUUUAUAAAGGAUGUUCUAUUGGGAAGUGUAAAACAAUUUAAAACUUGUUGCAGCCUUAAAAACUGGAUUUGUUAGUCUAAAGAAAAAACUAUUUAAAUGUAUUGACGUUGUUCAAUGUAAUGAAUAAAAAAUGUAUGUUUCAAAA